AUGUCACCGAACGACAUUCGGGGUCGAUUGGCUCUCAUUACGGGCGCAUCGGGAGGUAUCGGUGCAGCGUGCGCUCACCAGCUCGCCCAGCACGGGGUCCAUCUCGCCCUCACCUAUUCCACCAACUCCAGAGCUGUCAACGAACUGGUGGCCGACCUAAACUCGCGAUAUGCUGAUAACAAACUUCGCAUUUCCACCCAUCAGGUUGAUGUUGGGUCUCCUGAUCAGAUCGAGGCCAUGCUCCAGCAAGUCGAUGCUCGGCAUGGCCAGCGACCAGAUAUCUUGAUUUCAAAUGCCGGGUACGGGAAAAGGAUAACCAACGUAUGGGAUAUCAGCCUCGAGGAGUUCGAGUACAUGUUAAACAUCAAUCUUCGGGCUUCGUUCGUCCUGGUCAAAGGAGUGGUGGAACAUAUGAAGGCGCAGCGAUGGGGCCGUAUUGUUUUCAUGUCUUCGAUCGCUGCCUCUGGAGGCGGGAUCAAUGGAUGCCAUUACGCUGCGUCUAAAGGCGGACUGACUGGCAUGAUGAAGAACCUCUCUACGCGUUUGGCUGAGUACAAUAUCAGCGUCAACGACGUCGCGCCCGCUAUGAUAGGCGAUACUGGCAUGGUUCCAUCGGCCACGGCUAUUCCGGGAAUUGCAUCGAAUAUCCCGCUGGGUCGAUUGGGAACACCGGAGGAAACGGCAAAUGUGGUGACGAUGCUGGUGAACACGGGAUAUAUGACGGGGCAGAGUCUGUUGCUAGCUGGGGGAUUGAAGUAG